CGUGAAAGACGGAAGUCGGCCAUUUUAUGUUGGACGCUGUAGUUUCACUACGUACCUGUGCGUUCUGGGGUACAAUAAAGUAUUUCUAUUAACUCAUCUUAUUGUCUAAAAGAGGAAAAUGAGUGAAGACCGUGAAAGAUCGAGAGACCGCGCUCGAAGGGACAGGCCGAACCGAAGCGACAUGAGUCGGGAUCGGAGCGUAGAUAGGGGCCGAGACCGUGGCGGGGCGAAGUCUUCCAUCAACCGAGUGUAUGUAUCAAAUAUACCGUAUGAGUAUCGUUGGCAGGACAUGAAAGAUCUUUUCCGCGAUCAAGUUGGGGACGUAGCAUUUGUUGAAAUGUUCGUUGACGAGAAUGAUAAGCCAAAGGGCGUUGGGAUUGUUGAAUUUUCUGACUCAUCCUCGGUUAAGAAAUGUCUUGAGGUCAUGCAGCGGUACGAGGUCAAAGGACGUAAGCUUGUUGUUAAGGAGGACAGUGGUAAUUUGCGGGAUAAACAUGGGAACGUUAUUGGAAGAGGUGAUAGGAAGUCACGUCGAGAUGAUGGACCUCGGUUCAGGGAUGAUCGAGAUCGGCACAAUGGCAAUUCAGCUAAUAUCUCUGUGGAUGACGGCAAGUGGGGCAACACGUACGGCUUGAGUCCUCAGUUUCUCGAAUCUCUGCACAUUGACGCCCCUCUUUCUAACAAAGUUUUUGUGGCUAAUUUGGACUAUACCGUUGACAAAAAGAAAUUGAAAGAGGUAUUUAGAUUAGCGGGGAGAAUUGUGAGAGUCGAAGUAUCAGUGGAUAAAGAUGGCAGGAGCCGUGGAUUUGCUGUGGUUGAAUACGAUCAUCCUGUGGAAGCUGUACAAGCCAUAUCCAUGUUCCACAAUCAGGUUCUGUUUGAUCGUCAAAUGACUGUACGCAUGGACCGUGUAAGUGAAAAUAUCAAAUUGCCAGAAGGCCUGAAGACAAUCGGCAUGGGACUCGGUCAAAAUGGAGAGCCUUUGAAAAACGUCGCAUACAAUCUGCCAAACAGUAACCUUAACUCACAGGGUGUUGGAUCCAGUAUCUUAGGCUCCGUUCCCGGAGCGAGCGCUUUGCAGGUUGCUAGUGCCUUGUCAGGGUUCGCAAAUGUUCCCGGAUUGGGAAAUUUGAAUCCUUCCGUUUUGGGCGCGGCCGGCUUGUCCGGACUAACAUCAAGCCUCCUGCAAAAUGGGUUAGGUGGCGGUUCUGAUUUGCAGUCUUUAAUGAAUCAAAAUCCCAACAUUCUCGCGGCUCAAUCUCAACAACUGUCAGCCUUGCAGAACGCAGCCAGAGAAAAAGGACUUUUUGCCUCUUCGGGCACCGGUAACAUGGGAAAUUCGUCUUCCGGGUUAAAUUCCGGAUUAAAUCUAAGUUCUGGUGCCGCCCCCAAUUCUGCCCAAGGAUACGGUCGAUCUGCGUCUGACGGAUACAAUCCAAAUGCUCCAGUUACAUAUCCCACAAAUUAUGGCAGUACUGCAAGGGGCAAUAACUACGGACAAAUGGAAUUGCGCUCUAAUAUGAUGAAAUCAGCCACAGAUAAUAAAAACUUCUCCAGGAAAGUUUUAAUAUCGAAUUUGCCACCUACAGCUUCAUUUAAACUGUUACAAGAGAAACUGAAUGAAUUUGGGGAAAUUUCUUAUUGGGAGGAAAAAGGUACUGGCAGCUACCUAGUGGUUUACGCAAGCGAAUGGCAAGCCGAAAGAGCGAUAAAAAAUUUGGACAAAGCUAGAAUCGAUGGAAGAUACAUUGAGGCCCGAACUUAUUACUAGUGCAUGCACGCUGCGAUUGACAUCAGAUUUGCACUAUUUUUUCAAGAAUUGACGUUUAAUUUAUAAGGCAUCAUUUAAAUAUUUGGUUAUAGAUCUGAUGCAUUUAGUUUCCAUACCAUGUUGUCCUCUAAUAUUAUAGAAACAAGCGAUUUUUCAGAAUAAAGUCAAGCAAUUACUGUA